UUCCCUCCCAUUCCGCUUCUCCAUCAACUCCAAAACCUAGCUAGUCGAGCUUUGUGUCCAGUUCUGCAAGUGCAAAUUCAGUUCUUCCUGUACUGUGUUGCUGUUGGAGGAUGGAUCAGAAAACACUGGCUGAAGGGGAACAAAACGUUUUGAAUUUUAAGUGUGCGAAGAUCCUUCAUGGAGCUGAUAAAUCUAUCGCUUGUCAGACUCCAGAGAAGACUAGUGAGCCCUUACCCGCCAAACUCAAGGAAGGAUCCACACAGCUUCCAGAAACAUACAAGGCUUUAGAAGAUUUGUUUGACUCUAUGAGUUGUUCACUGAGGUUGCUUCGUCUGUGCAAAAAAUCUACCACGUUUCAAAACAUCUGUUCCCAGGUUGAAGUUCUUGCUAAAAGAAAAUUCUUGCACAGGGAUCUUGGGCAGAUAAAGUAUAUACUUCCUGAAGCCAUAUGCAUAGAGAAGGUAUUAGUACAUGAUAAUAGAAACUUGUGUAUGAAGCCUGAUUUGAAGAUCACCUUGGUACAUGAGGUUGUGCUAGGACAAUCCAGUGAAAAUACUUAUGUGGCUCUCCGGCAACUUUUUGGUUUUAGGCUGCUUGAGUUCUUCAAUACGCAUCCAGAGAAUACUGAUAUCCCAGAAGCUACUCUACCAGAACCUUUUCAACAAAGAAAUAGCUUGAUUUGUGAGGACUUGCCUGUAGAUCCUUCUAUACAAUCAACUUCCGAUCAAAAUCAACAUCUAUUACAGGAAUGUCAGCCAUAUCCUUUAAAAAGGCAUUUCUCAAAGAAUAAUGCUGUGUCAGAGACAGAAAAUAACGUUGUAACAAGUCCAAUUGGUCAGUCACAUCAUUCAUCUGAUUGCUUGGAAAAUGAAGGAGGUGAAGGUGGCAGUGAAUGGCAGAAAAAAUGUACUACUUCAUAUUUGAAAUCUGAUAGCACAAAUGAUCAGGACAUGGAAAAAGGACAGCAGAAUGAAUCAUGUUCUAUGGGAUUCCAAUGUAGUGUUGUUAAUACACCAGCACGUCUGAUUUGCUCUCCACAGUCUGUUAGUUGUGGUAGUUAUGAAAGCUCUCAUCUCAAGAUUGCCUCAUCCACAGAUAUGUUAACGACAGAGACACCUGCUCAGUCAACACCUAGAAGAUUGGCACCCAGUUCUGAUGUUAAACUUAAGAUUGUGACCACCCAGAAUUCAAUCUCAUGCAAUAAGCAUGUAAAAAGAGUUCUUUUUUCACAUGAAGGUGAUUAUGAUGGUGACAAGUUAGAAUCAAGUAGAGAUGCUUGUGAUAACAUCCCUGAAGAUGGUCGAGCAUGCACUGAGGAUUUUAGUGUUUCUAAUUUUGUUGUUUUAUCUCAGAAGGUGGCUGAGUUCAUUGAUUGUUCUCAUGAAAAUACAAAUCAAACACAUGGUGGUGCAGCAACUGGGCAGCAGAUGCCUUCAUCGUUGCUUGGCCUUGUUGAUGUGAUAUAUUCUAUAUUUGGUUCCAUCAAAUGCUCUCCAAUCACAAAAGAGGAGCUCCUGCACAAGAUAAUAAUGAACAGUUUAGAUUUUGUUGAGAUGAGAGAAGCUGAAGAGCAGAUUAAUUUUCUUGAGAAGGUAGUGCCGGAUUGGAUCUACAAGAAGUUGGGCCCUAGUGGAGAUACUAUGUACUGUAUUAAGGAAGUGCCAGAUUUGGAGUCUGUUCGAUCAAGGCUAUCUAGCAAUGGCAUUAAGGCUUGAAUGAUACUCAAGAGGGUUCAACAACCUGGGAUUAGUGUGCCUUCAUCGUUGCUUGGCCUUGUCGAUGUGAUAUAUUCUGUAUUUUGUUAUGUCAAAUGCCCUCCAAUCACAAAAGAACAGUUCCUGAACAAGUAAGGAACGGUUUAAAUUCUGCUGAGAUUAUUAUAAUUUUGGAUAGAUGACUCAUCCCCAUGCUCAUGUCCAAAUUGCACUCUCCUAUUUUCUCCUGUCAACGGUAUAAGUCAUCUCUAAAAGAAUGACUUGGUCCAAGCCAUUAGUUAUUUGAAAAGUAGCUAAUACUUAUUUGUCAUCUCUAUAAGUCAUCUCUAAAAGAAUGAGUCAAAUU